AUGUCCCUCCCGCAGACCUACAAAGCCUUCAGGCGCAGCUCUGGUGACCUACCCAAAUCACUUGAAUUGGUGGAAGAAAACAUACCUUCAUCCCUCAAUCCCCAAGAAGUAAUGGUUCGCAUCCAUGCCGUGUCCCUUAAUUAUAGAGAUGUGGCAAUGAUGAAUGGGAAAUAUCCCGUCCCGGUGAUUGAUAAAGGUAUUCCAGCGUCCGAUUGCGCCGCAGAGGUCGUUGCAGUUGGAUGUGAAGUGAAGUCUUUCAAGAUUGGGGACCACGUUACCCCUAUUUUCGAUUUGAACAACUUCACUGGUACUGAAGAUACCACCAGCGUUCUGGGUGGAGAUAUUGAUGGAGUGUUACGCGAAUUUGCUGUUUUCGACCAGGAAGUCCUGGUACAUUUGCCCGAGCAUCUGUCCUGGGAAGAGGCUGCGUGUAUCACAUGUGCGGGAACCACUGCGUGGACUGCAUUGGAUAUGCCUCGAUCAAAUGGCGCCGCGUUACUCCAAGGGACCGGAGGAGUCAGCAUGUUUGGUCUCCUUAUUUGCUUGGGAGCCGGGAUCCGGCCUAUCAUCACGUCUUCCUCGGACCAGAAGCUAGAGCUUGUCCUGAGUGUAGGCGAGCCAGGAGCUAUCGACACUAUCAACUACCGAGAUCACCCUCAGUGGGAUGAGGAGGUGCGUCGUCUCACCAAUGGACGAGGCGUAGACGUUGUCGUGGAGAAUGUGGGAGUAACUACAGUGGCUCAGAGUCUUUCUUCUCUAGCACGCAGAGGGACCGUUUCCUUAGUUGGCUUCUUAGGAGGAUUUGACGUGGCUCGCUUUCCUGAUACGAUCGGCCCGACACUGUCGAAGAGUGCUACUAUCAGGGGAAUUGCUGUUGGUUCCAAGAUCGAUCAAGAGAACUUGUGUAACUUCCUCGCGGAGAAGGAGAUUGGACUGAAGCCCAUUCUGGACAGUACGGUUUUCUCUUUCAAGGACUCCCAAGCUGCGUUUGACCACCUCUAUGCUGGCAAGCAUAUGGGUAAGGUUGUGAUAAAGAUCUGA